AUGGAAACCUUGACGCACACCAAAGAGACUACGAGUCCCGACGAUUCGGCUCUUUCGAUGCUCGGUUCUUCCCUCGAUCUUCGUCGCUUUGAUACUCUAGUCCAUGCAGGGCCCAUGGACUUUCGUGGCUACGUCCAUGAGAUUCCCAACCAUGAGUUGGACUGGAACACCACAAUUUUUUAUACAGUCACAAAUCCUGCCAUCACAGCUCGCCUCCAAGAAAGAUUUGGGAAACGACCACUAUGGGCCGAUUCCGUCAUUGAAGCUGCUUGCGAGACGGCUCGGACGCUGCCACCCCAACAAUAUCAUGUUCCAUCCCCCAUUAUGGACUAUAUGACACGAGAAUGCGAAUUCAAAAACGAACAUGCCGAUGGAGGAUUCAUUGAUCAUCUCGAUUUUUGCGCCGAAUACACGACACGCUAUUUUCCACAGGGAUCCCCGCAUGUGCUCUUUUUGCAUUCCAUUUGCGGCGUCAAUACCAAUCUAUUUCCAUUGGAGUUUGACAAAAUUCCGGAUUUGAAAAGUCUCCUGACAGACCACGAAUAUUUGCACGUACAGGCAUUCCCUGCCAUGUUGCGAUUGUUAUUCAUGGACGAAGUUUUGGGUGUCUUGUGGGAUGAAGACGACGUCGUCGAUCGAGUGGAAGGAGUGGAAUUCUCGGCAUUCCAUGGGACCAAACUGACAUUGGUCGGUGAAGAAUUCUGGAUGCAUUUGAACUACCAUCUCAUUCACUUGCUAGACUUUAUGCCAACCCAAAACUUUGAUCGUUUUCUCAACGAUCCGUUUGUCCGACUCUUCGUGAGGCUGCACGAAUUCCUACGCAAACAAGAUAAACUCUAUGCCACUGUGCGAUUGGAUCGAUUGGGACAGGUAGAAGGCAUGACGGCUCCAAACGAAACUCUGCCAACAUGGGAUCACCUACUCUCCAGGCUAGACGCAGAUGAGGUCGCAAAGGCACACGAACAAUUACGAGCACAGCUUCGACGAUACUCCAAAGCCAUUGAUCACGAUCUGGCGUACGAGAUUCUCUGGAAAUAA